GUUAUCUUUCUUUAGACUCACUCACUCACAAACUCCUAACCGCAUCUCAAAUGAAGUCCUUAGCUUCGCCGCCGUGCCUCCGCCUGACUCCGACAACACGCCGUCAUCUCCACCCUCGUCAGCCGUCUUCCGCCUGUUAUCCUCACGGUCGAAUCAAAUCCAAUAGCCUAUCAUUCUCCUCAUCCGCAUCUGGUUUCGCGUCAACACUCGCUGUAGUAGAGAAGGAGCUACGCUCGUCGUUCGUGACGGACGCUGUUCGCCACGUCACAGGGUCGCUUAUGAGAGGGGAAGGUCUUAGAUUCGCUAUAGUUGUUGCUCGUUUCAACGAGGUUGUGACGAAGUUGCUUUUGGAAGGAGCCAUUGAGACUUUCAAGAAGUAUUCAGUCAGAGAAGAAGACAUCCAAGUUGUAUGGGUUCCCGGUAGCUUUGAGAUAGGGGUUGUUGCGCAAAGGCUUGGGAAAUCAGGAAACUUUAAUGCUGUUUUAUGUAUCGGUGCUGUGAUAAGAGGAGAUACCACACAUUAUGAUGCUGUUGCAAACUCUGCUGCAUCUGGAGUACUUUCUGCUGGCAUCAAUUCAGGUGUUCCAUGCAUAUUUGGUGUACUGACAUGCGAGGACAUGGAUCAGGCUCUGAAUCGAUCUGGUGGCAAAGCCGGAAACAAGGGAGCUGAAACUGCCUUGACAGCGCUCGAGAUGGCGUCGUUGUUUGAGCACCACCUGAAAUAGCCUGCUCCUUCCAUGGAUGAGCAAUGAUCACGUAUGAGAGAACUUGUUUGCUCUGUCGCAUUUCGUUACGAUCCUAUCUCUGAAACUUGUACCUCGAAAGAUUGUCAAAAUGUUUUCCUUUUUUACCUUUGUGUCGAAUACUUUUGUAAGCUUUUUUUGAAUCCUCUGUAAUAAUAAUAGUUCCUCUGAAUGUUGGGGCUGUUGAGUUUU